GGUAAAGGCGGUAAAGGUCUCGGCAAGGGCGGUGCUAAACGCCACCGUAAAAUCUUGCGUGACAACAUUCAAGGUAUCACAAAGCCUGCCAUUCGUCGUUUGGCCCGUCGUGGUGGUGUGAAGCGUAUUUCAGGUUUGAUUUACGAUGAAACCCGUGGUGUUCUUAAAUUGUUCUUGGAAUCCGUCAUUCGUGAUUCAGUCACUUACACUGAACACGCCAAGCGCAAGACUGUCACCUCCCUUGACGUCGUUUACGCUCUCAAACGUCAAGGCCGCACAUUGUACGGUUUCGGUGCUUAA